GUCAACCUUAUACUUUAGCUAGUGAUAUAUAUAGUUUUUCUAUAAUUAUGUGGGAAUUUAUAUCUGGAGUUCCUCCAUUUGAUAAUGAAGCUCAUGAUUUUCAACUUAGCUUAGAUAUUUGCAAAGGUAAACGUCCUGAAAUUAUUAAAAAUAUUUCACAAUGCUAUAUAAAUUUAAUGAAAAAAUGUUGGGAUAUGGAUCCACUAAAAAGACCAAAUUAA